ACAGAGUGUAAUACCUAAAAAUUGCAGGAACGAUUAGAUAUAAAAGGAUACAAUGGAUGCUCAUCUUCAGUUCACAUCGAAACAUCUCUCAGCACCACUUUCAACAUGAAAAUGAUCAUAGCUUUUUUCGCCGUUAUGGCUUUGGCUUACGCCGCACCACAAAACCAAGCUGAUAGGGAUGCUGUAGUCACCAGAUACGACUCCAACAACAUUGGUAUUGACGGCUACGAUUUUGUAUACGAAACGAGCAACGGCAUCAGCCAGCAAGAGCAAGGAACCCUUGUAAACCCAGGAGCAGAGAACGAAUCAAUCCAAGUUAGGGGACAAUAUUCCUAUGUCGGUGCCGAUGGACGUACCUACACCGUCAUCUACAUUGCUGACGAAAAUGGUUUCCAACCCCAAGGUGAUCACAUCCCUAAAUAGAAUCUGACCUGGCUACUGAACUGGAAAAUUGAAAGGAAAAGAACACAUCAAACUAUGCCACAAAUGACAAGUCAUUCACACCACUCAGUGUUUUUUAGGAUUUAAUUUUCACACAUCACCAUUACAUUUUCAAAUCUGCACUUCAAUGUGUUGCCUUACUGAUUAGGAACAUUUGAUGCUGCUUGUGUAGCGACCGUUCAUGUUGAAAUAUGAAGAAACCCAUCGAAUAGUUACAUAAUCAGCCAUUCGCAAUUCAUUCGAAUGGAUUGACUUCUGUUUAUAUGUUGUACAUACUUUGAUAAAUAAAUUGUAAACAACA